UGAAACUAUUAGCUAUGAGUUUACCAAGACUAAAUUGACUGACCAAUAUUGAAGCUUUCUAGGACACAAAAGGCUGAAUAAAUUGUGAAUUUUUCCCUGGCUUAUCUACUUUGCAAAGUUUGUGACUGAAUAGGUGCAAAGGCGAGAAUGUUUCAUCUGCUGCAUCUCCUGGUACACAGUGUGAUCGUGCAUGUGACCUUCUCAGGUGAGUAUAAAGGAUAGAGUGGCCUGCCUUACAGACUGUAUGGAUAGAGUGCAAGCUCUGUAAUUUAGGGUCUGUAAUAGAAUCUUUGUCUUUUUUUUGUUUUGUUUUUUUUGUUAACAAGAGCAAGAACAUGCAUGUAUAUUUUUCUGCAUGUUUUCUUUGGAAAUAUAUGAAGAAAAAAAAACUGCUUUAAAAAUCCGCAGACCUUUGCAAACUCUCCCCUCUUUCACUGGCAUGGACUCUUGGUCAGUGCCAGGGAAUACUUCAAUCAGAAGCUUCUCAUUGAGAAGUCUCUGUACCUAGACUUCAAAUGUUCACUUGCACACACCUUUCCUAUGCUCUCAAUGAGCUUUGACCCAACACACCAGCCGCAAGCUCUCCCCUCUUUCACUGACAUGGACUUUUGGUCAGUGCCAGGGAAUACUUCAAUCAGAAGCUUCUCAUUGAGAAGUCUCUGUACCUAGACUUCAAAUGUUCACUUGCACACACCUUUCCUAUGCUUCUCAAUGAGCUUUGACCCAACACACCAGCCGCAAGCUCUCCCCUCUUUCACUGGCAUGGACUUUUGGUCAGUGCCAGGGAAUACUUCAAUCAGAAGCUUCUCAUUGAGAAGUCUCUGUACCUAGACUUCAAAUGUUCACCCGCACACACCUUUCCUAUGCUUCAAUGAGCUUUGACCCAACACACCAGCCGCAUCCAUUGUAGAACUAAAUGAAUAGGGAGAAAACCUCCCUGGGCUGUCUGAUUGGAAGCCUUUUAAGUAACCUUUUAUAAAAAUGCAGAUUUCUACAGAAAUUGCACCUUGAUAAGCUGUCACAAAUAUAUAUGACGGACUCUAGACAUAUAAAGUAUAAAGUAUUAGCCUGAAGUGUUCCUUUAAAAGUUCACAUUUUGCAUUAGUAGCCAGGUAUAAAUUGUUGUUGUUUUUUAUUUCAGAUAUGCACACAACGUGUGUGUAGGGAUGUAUUUGCAUGGAAUGAUUUGUGUGUUCUUGUAUGCAGGGACACAUGUUUGGGUAGGGUCACUGUGUGAAUGCUAGGAUAUAUAUAUAUGUGUGUGUGUAUUAAAUGUUUUUUUGUAUAUGUUUAAUUUAAUAUUUUUACUAUGCAGGUGAGUCCAACGGUGCCUGCCUUCCAACAACAUCAUUUACAGGCUCAAUCAGCAGUAUCAAACAGAGGUUAUCACAGGUUUUGCUUGCACAUUUUGUUAAUGAAUACAAGAAUUAGAAACUAAUAUAUAACAGGUUGAGAUAUAUUAGGUAGUAGAACUUUGCCUAUGCCGCCUAGUGCUGGCCCGCCUGGCCGGUGAGUUUACACUACUGCGUUAACAACCGUUCCUGUCCUCCUUGGGAUGGGGUUACAGUUGGGGACAUGCCCUAGGAACGUGUGUGCUAUAGCGUUUAAAGGCAAUGGUGGUACAUGACAUGGCCUUAUGACUCCUUAUGAGUCAGGGGGGGGGGUGUAUACCUUCCGCAUGUUAGGUGUCGCCUGGCUUUUUCUAUAUGUGUGUUAAGCAGGAUGUGUAUUUGCAGCCUUUAUUGCUUGUGGUCCAUUUACCAUUCUAUCCCUUAGCCAGUAGCCCAUUUUUACCCCUGUUAUGUAGAUAUUGUUUGUCACAGAUGCACCCUAUUCCAAGCAUGCGUGUGACUUGGUUCUGGUGGUGAAAGGGCUAAACUUCACUAUUUGUCUGCACUAGACUGGAAAAAAUUAUAAAAAUCCCCUUUAACACAACCCACACUUAAUUAUAUUAACAUAAAUAAUCUCACAACACUGCUACGGCCAAGACAUGUAAUAAGUGAAAGGAAAGAUGGCAACUUACUCAAAAUUAGAUAUUGGCCCCCCGUAAGCAUACUAGGCAUUUGCACAUCAUUGGAUUAAAAAAGAAAGAGAUAACUGAGUUGUUCCAAAAACGACACUAUCAGUGCACCAGAUGGACACACCAGGGGUGUGACGAGAGAGAUUAGUCAAACAACAAAAAUGCACUCUUUCUGGAUAAGCUGCCGAAGGCAACUGUGUAUUUGUCAGUUUUAGGAUUUUUUUUUUUUUUUUAAAACCUGUCCAAUCAGAGAGCACCUAAGGCUUUCUCUGUAUAUCAGAGAAAAUAAUCAUCCAAAGCUACAAUUACUUUUGUGGACGCAGUUCUGAGCUGCCUAAUAUGAAUUCUGUGCAAAUAUUGCACCUGCUGUCAGCACAUACAGCGCACUGGCGGCAGAAGUAAUGAUCAUUUUCACUGCAGGAAAUGUGUCUGCAAGAGGAAGCCUUGCUUUUCCUUCCCUCCAUCGGUGCACUCCCUCCAACCUCUGCAUUGCUUAAAUCUGUGAAAAUAUCCUCUCCCUCUCUCCCCCUGCCAUUGGAUGGAGGCAUGGAGAGAAGUGCUGGAAGCUUACCUUUUUUAUGGUUAAUGUACUUACCAAUGCUUAAAGAGCACUGAAAAUUAAAAUAAAAUGUGUUACAAAUGGUUAGAGUAACCUUUAACCUCUUUUAGUUCCUUUUUCAUAUUCUACAAUAGGUGCCAAUUUCUCCAAAAUCUGCUCACAACCUACAGACUGUAUUGAAAGCUCUAUGGGCCAGAGUAUGUAAAAUGUGUUCCAAAAAUAUCAGGAGGGGAAAUAUGUUUUCAAUAUAAUGUUCUAAUGAUUUGACCAAAUACAUAAAGAAAGGAAAACCGGCAAUGAAAACAGCUGGAAUAUUUAUAUUUUAUUCAAACAAAUGUCUUUGUUAAAGCAGCACUGUCACCGUCAGAGGACUUAGUCAAAUUUGCCGAAAUCAGUGAAAUUCCAACAGUCAAAAUGAGAAUUUCAUAAAGAUUCUAUUCGUGGGGGGGGGGAGAGGAGGGGAGUGGCAGUGCCGCUUUAAGAAAUUGUACAAAGAAAAAUACCAGGAGUAAAAAAACAAUAUCUCCAAGGAAACAUAUUUUUAUCUUAGCAUCACAACAAAAUGAAUUAACUAAUUAGGCACCUGAGUCACCCAUGAGUACACACACUAAUUUUUAUUGUAAAACGUGGCACUGUGGUGACAAGAACAAAAAUGUAUUCUACUAACUUUCCAGUGGCACCAAUUAUUAAAUGGUGCAGACUUGGAGAUUGAGCAUUACAUAGAAAAGCAGAGGAAUUAGACUUUGUGCAUGGGAGAAAUUUUUCAGUUGGGUAUUGGUAGGAUUUGCAGGUCGCCCCCAACGAUUGGCAGCACAGUGGGACAUGCAGGUCCCUUGCAUUGCAAACAUGUAUCGUGAAUCACAGUAUAACAAGUUUAACAUCCAUUAAGGACUUUGUGAUAUGACGUCUUCUUACAUUUUUCCAGGUCAUCAUUUAAAUCAAGCAUCCAGGAUUUCAAGGCUUUAGACAAAGCCAAGGUAGAUACAGAUGGUUGACAGCCCAAUCUUGCUGAAAACCUUAGAAAGAGAUAUAUAUAUUUUCUCUUGUCCAUAAAGUCUUUAAAGGACCACUAUAGUGCCAGGAAAACAAACUUGUUUCCCUGGCACUAUAGUGUUACUAGGUCCCCCCCACCCUCAUGGCCCCCCUUCCGCCGGGCUAAAGUGGGGGGAAGGGGUUAAACGCUUACCUUUCUCCAGCGCCGUGCUCCCUCGGCCCUAGGGACUCUCCUCCUCCUUCCAAUGUCAUCGGCUGAAUGCACGUGCGCAUUCAGUCAGUCCAUGGGAAAGCAUUUCUCAAUGCUUUCCUAUGGAUGCUGGCGUAUUCUCACUGUGAAAAAUCAUAGUGAGAAGCGCGGAAGCGCCUCUAGCAGCUGCCAAUGAGACAACCACUAGAGGCUGGAUUAACCCAUCUAUAAACAUAGCAGUCAGCAUAGAGAAAGUGUACAGAGAAGGGGAGAAAUUAAACAAUGUUUCUGCCUCUCCUUUAUUUUCAAUGUUUUUUUGGGUGGGUAUUCUUUGUCUGAAUUGGAUUCAUCUGCUAAAUAUUUAAUAAAAAAUUUGAAUGAAAAAUAGAGCAUCUCAUGAAAAACAGAUAAAACAAUAUACAGGUUAUUUUCGAUAUUUAUUAAAUGGUAUAAAUUCCAGACAAGUGACAGUUCCCCUCUGACCUCUAAGGUGCUCAUGUUCCUAUGGUGUGAAUCCAAAAUGUUUUUUUUUGCACAGUAGCAUUCAGAGGAGGUUUGACCGCAACGUUUCCAUUAGAACCAUCAGUCCACCUGUUAUGUGUCUCUGCCUGAGAGAGUCUAUCACUGAAAUGUGUCUGUCUCAGAUUAGGCUUUUCAUGACAAAAACGUGUCUGUCUCACAUUGUUUUCUGUUUGCCUUAUGUCUGUCUCAGGUCACUCUCUGCGGUAUUAUCACACGGCAGCGUCAGCACCACGACUUGGGCUACCACAGUACAGUUCUGUUGGCUAUGUGGAUGGGAUACAGAUUACAAAAUACACCAGUGACACCGGCCGGACUGUUCCUGUGGCUCUGUGGAUGAAUAGACUGGGAGCUGAUUACUGGGAGCAGGAGACAGAGAUCAGCAAAGGAGCAGAGGUUAUACAGACACACAAUGUGAGGAUAGCAAUGAGUCGUUACAACCAGACUGCAGGUAAGACACUCAGCAUUUUGUAUGUGCACGCUAACACCACACGUGUGUUAGCAGCUGUAGUAAUGCAGAUUCCAAUGUACUUCGAGGAGUUUUAG